CUCGUAUUUCAGAUACGCAGUGCUUGGCAAGGUUGCGUUUGACGGUGCUUUAUCACUUCUCAGGAAAUCAUAUUCUUACAAAACCAACAGUUUGGAUUUGAAUCCAUCGGUUUGAGAAGAAUCGCCUGAUUCUCGGGCUAGACCAGCCUUACCCGUGCUCGCCUCUAAAAGUGAGAGACGUUCAAGGCUCUGGGACCAUGGUGGGGCAGCCUAGUUGUCCCACCAUGAGCCAAUUCCAAGUGAUUUUUUGUGCACUUAUUCUGGUAGCGGCUGCUCUUCAAUGGCGAACUGUUGACUCGCAAAGCUAUGUUGCCAGAUGCCAGGAAGUUACCAUCCCAAUGUGCAAAAACCUGGGCUAUAACCAGACGCUGUUCCCAAACUCGCUGGGCCAUAAGACCCAGAGGGAGGCGGGGCUUAUUGUCCACCAGUUUGUCCCCCUGGUAAAGGUGAACUGCUCCGAGAUGCUCUCGAGGUUCUUGUGUUUCACGUACGCACCCUUUUGUACUGUGCUUAUGAAGCCUGUUCUACCCUGCAGGUCGAUGUGUAGGGCGGUCCGCAGGGGAUGUGAAACUUUAAUGAAGAGAUUUGGGUUUGAUUGGCCAGAAACGCUCAACUGCAAGAAAUUCCCCAGGAAAAGUCGAUCUAUUUGUGUUGGAGGGCGCUACACAGAUAAACUAUUCGCAAACCAGCCAUCGUCAGUUCCAACAUCUUUAUCGACAAUGCCACCGGCAACCACACUAGCACCUGGACCAUCAUGUGGCGCCCUUAUGAGCUCCCACACCGGAACCAUUAUGUCACCAAAUUACCCACAACGCUACCCCAGUGGCUGCCGCUGUGUGUGGAGAAUCCGACUCCCAGCCAAGUACCACGUGAUCAAAUUUGAAGUCAAGAGCUUGUUCCUGGAGGAGGACUCAAAGUGCUACUACGACUACCUCAUAUUUGAAGACAAGUUACAUAACCAAGUGGGCCCGCGAUACUGCGGCGCUCACCCACAAUCGUUCAAUAUAUACGUUAAAGGUCACAUGGCCUUGGUUGUAUUCAGUUCAGACGUUGGAAGCAACAAAAAAGGAUUCCAUAUCACCUACACGGCACAGAAGUCAUAAACGAUGCAGAGCCAGACAAUUAUAGACAACACGUCUUGCAUCAAGCCUGCAGUCGACAUACUUUAGUUUUACCAAAUGUCCUACAACAUUGUCCAUUGUUUUUGCUUGUUGUACUUGAUAUUUUGUAUAAAUGCUAGAAAAAAAACAGCUAUGCUAUUUUAUUCAUGUUAUUUAUACCCUUGUCGUUUGUUUAAAUGUCAGGGGAAUCCAGUAGUUACAGAAAGGGGGGAAUGGCAAAGCAAUUAUCCCACAGGACAUCCAUCACGGGAAAAAAAACGUUUCAUAACCCAUGGACAAGGCUGUCCAAACCUAUUCUUGGGAUAACAACAACCAUAAACACCUAUCAUAUCCAUAUUUUUACUGACAUACUGAGGAAUACAAAUGUUUUGACAAACUAUUUACAAUAAAGGAGAUGUCCCAGGUUUUGAGAUGUUUCUUGCUAUAAAAUACAUCAGGCUUGUACAGGUCUCUAUCUCCUUGAUGUGCGCUGUGUGCUGAUAUAAAGGACUGUAAGGAAAAAAAGAAUAAAAUACCUCACCAUAUGGCA